CGCUUGCAUUCACGGUAUACUCUAACCCAGUAGCUUCAGGAAUCGCCUUUUUAUAGCCUGUGUGCUAUAGAAGAAGCGUCGACACCGACAGACUGACAAACAAGUCCUGCUGCGCAUGCGCGCCAGCGCUUCAGCGGGGCAAAAUUGAAAGCACGGCGUUGCCACGUCAGUGCGCGUUUCUGCUGCUGAUCCGAGUUGCUCCGGAAUUUGAGCAAGUGAAGAUGUUAACAAAAACCGCUCCCUUAUUGGUUGUAGCUGCUAUUUUGUUUGAUGGUGGGCUGUGUGAUUGCAACUGUGAUUACUUUCGUUCCUUCUCAUGGAAUUUUGUUUCCUCAAUAAAUAUCUCACUCAAUGGUUCAACAACUCUCUAUAUGGAUAUAUUAUACAUAGAUUUUAUGACUGUCAAGAAGCUGAGAUUCUUUGGGAGAUUGUCAAACCUAAUGGCGAGUAUGAAGUGUACACUGUAGUCAACUAUAGUCAGUAUCGCCAUGGAAAGCGUGAGAGUAUUACGGAGAGAGGACUAUCAUUUGGAGGGUUUUGCAAUAUUGAUUGUUAUGUCGGACUGACAAUAACACCCACUGAUCUGAGG